CGCCCUCAAACCCCACCAUCACGCGCCGAUUGCUCUUUGCAUGAGACCGAGAAGGAGGGCGAGGCCAAGGCGAGAAGACGCUAUGCAGCUUCUUCUUUGGGCUCAAGCGCUGGCCGCCGUGACGAGGGUCAUGAGGCAUCCGCACACACACGUGAAGAGCGCGCACACAGCUUCUCCAACAAACGGCGGUUCUCAGCAUCUGGCUCCAGAAACUUUUCUGGUGCCUCUCGGGCCGUACAAGUCGAGCAACAAGGGCCAUCCACGCUCCAUUCCGCUGCUCUCCACAGAUGACACCUCCGCAUGCAUGCAGCGUUGUAUGUAGUAACGUAUGCAGUGACUUACCACGCCAAGAUGAUGAUGCUGUUGUUGCGUACAGGUCGUGUACGGUAAAUGCUGGUGGUAAAAGGCAGUUGUGGGCGGCGAAAUGUCAGGCACUUGCUAGCACCGUCUUAAUGCUGGUGAAUCUAAUCGACGGAUCGUCUAUCUCUCCUCUGAUAUAUAUGUCAGGGGGAUGAGGAGACGAAGGGCCGAAAAUGGAGUGGGCCGUUUAUGCGAUAGAUGGAAGGUGAUUUGACGCGAAAGUGAAGUUGCGAGAAACGUUUGUUCAAAACAAGAUCAGACGAACAGAGCUGGCAACUGACGGCCAGUGGCGAAACGGGAACAGCUGCUCAACACAAACGAAACAAAAACGGAAAAUAAACAGAAAAAGAAAACUCGAGCGCUUUUCAAUUGACUUUCACAGA